AUGGGUGUCAAAGUGGUGCUUUGUGUGAUUGCUUCUUUUCUUCUGGUCUGCGCUUUGAUUGCAGCAGGUCUUGGGAGCAAGAAAGAUGCACAACAAUCAUCACUUACGAACCUGAUCGACUUAAUGGAGCGUCAUCCGGAGAUGGCUGAGGUGAUACUUGCACACUGUGGAAGGGAGUUGUUACAAACCAAUGAAGCUGUUGAGGAACUAGAGUUCCACAUCCCUAUAGAAAAGUCCGGCAUUAGAAGUGAUUAUUUUUUGAAUAGUAGAUCGUUAAUCAGAUUAGACAUGCACAAAGUUGUACAAAGAUUGGAUUCCAAGGCUGAGAGAACUAUUUUGGGUUGUUUGAGGAAGAAAGAUCUUUUGUUCCUUAUAUCUGGAGAUGAGAAAGAUUCAAAUAGCUGGUAUAUUAGACACCUGAAAUUAAUUUACACCUUGGCUGAUGCUUCCAGUCGACGGAUUUUGGCUCAGAGCACUGGACAAGCACCUGCCCCAUCUCCCAUUGGAGAAGCACCUGCUCCGUCACACACAGUGUCAUCUCCAUCUCCGGCUCCUUCAAUUCCUGUUGUUCCUGAACCAAAGCCUGAUCUUAGUCCUCCUGCACCUUCUUUCUUCCAAGAUCUGAAUAAGUCAUCCUUACUUCCUGCUCCCAGCGCAGAAGCUGCUUCCCCUCCAAGUUCUUCUUCUGAUAUCCAGGCAAAUAAGCAAAAGACCAGUCGUAGAACAGUUGUCAUUGCUGUUGCUGUGACUGCAGCAUCAACAUUUGUUGUUUCAGCUCUUCUAUUUUUCUGCUGUCGUAGGUUUUGUGGGGCUGGUGCUGGACGAAGAAAAAAUGACGAAAGGCCUCUUCUCAGUUUAAGCUUGAAUGACUAUUCAAUAGCUUCUCCACACAAAUCAUUCACUCUAAGCCCUUCAAUAGAGAAACAUUCUAAUCAAUCAACUGCAGCGACAGCAACAGCAACUAAGCCCUUAUCCCAUUUUAUGGGAUCAGAUUACUUUCAGGAGGCUGAUUCUCAAAAUGACUCAAAAAUUGAGAUAUCAACUGGAACCGUUGCUGGAGUUGGAAACACAUCAGUGGAGAAUGCUACUUUGCAGAUACCUGGCAAAACUGGAUUACCUCCACUGAAGCCUCCCCCUGGAAGGGGCAAUUCAUUUGAACCACGUGUAGGUCCAGAGAAUGCAGCACCUCCACCUCCACAGCCUCCACAACCUCCUCGCCCUCCCUCUGCUCCAUCACCUCCUCCACCACCUCCAAUGCUAAAACCUUCUGGUGGUCCACGCCCUCCAGUACCUGGUGCACCUCCUCCCCCGCCUAUCAAGAAUGGCCCUCGUCCGCCACCUCCUCCCGGUGGUGGUGCUGCACCCCCUCGUCCACCCCCAGUAGGUUUUAAGCCGCCUCGCCCUUCUUCUCAUGGCACCAACCAAUCGAGCUCCAGUAAUGCUGAUGAUGACGCAGAUGCUCCCAAAACAAAGCUGAAGCCUUUCUUUUGGGACAAAGUUCUUGCCAACCCUGAUCAAUCAAUGGUUUGGCAUCAAAUUAAGUCUGGAUCAUUCCAGUUUAAUGAAGAGAUGAUUGAGUCUUUAUUUGGAUACACUCCUACUGACAAAAACUUCAAGUCCAAGGAAUCCACAUCCCAAGAUCCUGCAAAUCAAUAUAUACAACUUAUUGAUCCCAAAAAGGCACAGAAUCUUGCUAUUCUUCUUAAAGCAUUAAAUGUGACAACAGAAGAAGUUUGUGACGCACUUCAAGAAGGAAAUGAGCUUCCUUCUGAACUUAUUCAAACACUCUUGAAGAUGGCUCCGACAAGUGAUGAAGAACUGAAAUUGAGGGUUUAUAGUGGUGACCUUUCUCGUCUUGGGCCCGCUGAGCGCUUCCUGAAAGUUUUGGUAGAUAUCCCAUUUGCCUUUAAGAGGUUAGAGUUAUUACUAUUUAUGUGUACACUUCAGGAGGAGGUAUCAAUGGUGACUGAGUCCUUCAAAACAUUGGAGGCUGCUUGUACUGAACUCCGCAAAAGCAGACUGUUUCUCAAGCUCCUGGAAGCAGUUCUUAAGACUGGUAAUCGCAUGAACGAUGGCACAUUUCGUGGGGGUGCACAGGCUUUUAAACUUGACACGCUAUUAAAGUUAUCUGAUGUAAAAGGAUUAGAUGGGAAAACUACACUCCUGCACUUUGUUGUUCAGGAAAUAAUUCGAUCUGAAGGCAUAAGAGCUGCACGUGCAGCAAAAGAGAUGCGGAGCAUGUCCAGUAUCAAGUCUGAUGAUCUAAUCGAGGAUGUAUCCAAUGAUACUGAAGAAACUUAUAGAAAUAUGGGUUUGCAGAUGGUCGCAGGUUUAGGGAAUGAACUUGAAAAUGUGAAAAGGGCUGCAAUAUUGGAUGCAGAUAGCUUGACUGGAACUGUGGCUAAACUUGGUCAUGCUCUCAUCAAAGCCCGAGAUUUCUUAAAUGGAGAAAUGAAGAAUGUGGAUGAAGAUAAUGGGUUUCACCAAACACUUAAAAGUUUUGUGCAGAAUGCUGAGGUUGACAUCAUGUCUUUGCUUGAAGAAGAGAAGAGGAUAAUGGCCCUUGUUAAGAACACGGGAGAUUACUUCCAUGGAAAUGCUGCCAAGGAUGAGGGUUUGAGACUAUUUGUUAUUGUGAGAGAUUUCUUGGUAAUCUUGGACAAGAGCCACGGCAGAAUCCCACUCCCGAUCCUCGCCAACGGCUUUUUCCAGCAAUCAAAGAUAGACGGGCGGAUAGUUCAAGUUCAGACGAUGAUGACCAAUAGUGAUUUUGAUCCAUCAGUCUUCUUCUUCCCGAAAAGGCCGAAACGUAUAUUAAGUCCCGGAAUUCUUGUUCUCUUCCGCCCUACCACCGUACCGUACGCCGCAACCCUGGACUCCUCCGCCCUGAGUAACGGAAGUAAGCAUUCACAAAGCUUUCUUCUUUUUGAUUUUCCAAGUCCUUUUCGUGUUGGGAUUCUGAGAAGUAUGGGAAAGAAGAGGAAAGUUGAUUCUGAUUCUCCAAAGACGAAGGCUUCCAAAUGUGGAGAGAAUGUGAAGGAUGGGAUUAGUCGGCUCCCUGAUGAAAUUCUGGUGAAUAUCCUUGGGUUUCUGAGCCUCAAAGAAGCUGGAAGAACAAGUCUGUUGUCCAAACGUUGGAGAAAUAUUUGCAAGCAAAUUGUGCGACUUGAUUUCGAUGCUUCAAAGAUUUUGGACAGAAUGGCAGCAACAAUUUUGGACAUGAUCAGAAUAUGCUUUGAUUUGGAUAGUAAGAAAUUCCAAGCCAAAAUUGAUGAAUGGCUACAGAGUGCGUUCGCGAGGAGAGUGGAGAGGCUGGAAUUGAAUUUGCUCAAAGCUGGUGGGAGUGGUCGUCGUGAAGCUUCCAAUACUUAUGCUUUUCCUAAUGAACUUCUCGGCCUGAUUAGUGGGAAUCCUUCAGAACCGUCUGGUUGUUGCAGCGCUGAUGUUCGCUCCCGUGGACUAUUUGAAUUUAAGUACCUCAGGGCUUUGACUUUGAGAUGUGUAAAUGUGUCGAAAGAAGUUCUAGGUUUUUUCUUACGGAGUUGCCCUUUUCUUGAACAUCUGGUAGUGGAUGGCUCGCAUGACUUAAAGGAUAACUUUGAAAUUUCUGGUCCAUCUCUUGCUCUUAAGUACCUGGAGAUAUGGGACUGUGUGAAUUUAAGUUCUAUUACUGUGAGUGAGGUGAAUAUUGUCUCCGUCAAGGUUAGUGAUGCACAAAAGCUGGUCCUUAAGAAUGUACCUAUGCUAGUUAAUAUGUGGGUCUCUGCAUGGUCCACGGAUCGCACUUCACUGUUAGGCAGAUUAGUUAAUGGUUCGUGGCUUUCCCCUUGCAUUUUACAACUGGAGGUUCUGACCUUACACGCGACACAUUUGGAUGUUAAACAGGAAAAAGCAAAUAAUGUUGUCCUUCCUGAGCUAUUCAAAUUGAAGCAAUUAACAUUGGUUACUGAAGUAGUCAAAGACCAUAGCCUGAUUCCUUUUACUUCGUUGAUAAGGGCAUCACCCAAUUUAGAGAAGUUUGCACUGAAGUUGGGAUGGAAAGCAAGCAGAACUAACAAAGGGACGAAAACUAGAAGAGGAAGAGGAUUUAACGAAGGGGCAACAAGCAGGGGAUCUAAAAAAGGGACAAUGUCUCCACUCAAACAUCUUAAAGUGGUUGAGUUGUUAGGAUACUAUGGCCGUACAACUGAGGUUGAACUUGUACAAUACUUCUUAGACAAUGCCAUUGCCCUGAAGAGUAUCAUAAUUGACCCUCGUGAAUACCGGAUAUCAGGUCGUGGAGAGCACAAUGAGGAAGAAAAAUUUGCUAGGGAGCAUGCUGAGAAUCAGCUCAAGGCAUUAAUUCCUUCAAACAUAGAAUUCGUGGUCCUUUAG